CUCGAAAGAGCUUGUUUCCUUGUUUGAGAAGAAAAAGAAGAGGAGGACUAACCUCAAAAUUUGAAAAAUAAAAAUAUACAUUUUUCAAAUUUACAGAAAUUUAAUCCAAAGAUUAAUGAGUUGAAUGUUUUAUCAGAGACAAACUCUGGUUUUAUCAAAAUGCAAAGGAGGGUUGUUGUAACUGGUAUGGGGGUAAUAUCCCCAGUAGGAGGAAGUCUAAAAGAAUCUUGGAAAAAUAUAAUAGCCGGCAAUUGCGGCAUAACAAAAUUAGAAGGGCCGAAAUUCGAGAAAUUGCCUUGCAAAGUUGCUGGUUUCAUUAAAUCUGAUGGCAAACGAAUUGAUCUUUCUCGUCAUUUUUCAAAGACAGAACUGAAAACAAUGGGUUCUGCCACUGCUUAUGCUCUCUUAGCUACAGAAGAAGCUCUUACGGAUGCAAAGCUCCUUGAAACUGAAGAAGAAACCAAGUUACGAACUGGAGUAGCGAUCGGUAUGGGUAUGGUAGAUCUUCAAGAUAUUUGUGACACAAACGAUGCAUUGAAUAAAGGUUAUCGAAACGUGAGUCCUUUUUUCGUUCCUAGGAUAUUGCCAAAUAUGGCUGCUGGACAGAUAAGUAUAAAAUAUGGUUUUCGCGGUCCUAAUCAUUCAGUUUCGACAGCCUGUGCUACAGGUGCUCAUGCGAUAGGUGAUUCAUUUAGGUUCAUUCGAAGUAGUGAUGCUGAUAUUAUGGUUUGUGGUGGAACAGAAGCUUGCAUAUCACCUUUAUCAAUUGCCGCAUUCUGUAGGUUGCGAGCAUUGAGUACCUCAUUCAAUGAUAAUCCUGAGAAAGCUUCACGUCCAUUUGAUACUAAAAGAGAUGGAUUUGUGAUGGGUGAAGGUUCAGCUAUACUUAUUUUAGAGGAAAGGGAACAUGCUAUCAGGAGAAAUGCAAAUAUUUAUGCUGAAAUUCUUGGAUAUGGCUUAUCUGGUGAUGCUUCUCACUUAACAGCUCCAAAAUCUGAUGGUACAGGUGCUUUGUUAGCAAUGCAAAGAGCCAUCAAAGAUGCUAACAUAACGGUUGAUAGAUUAACUUAUAUCAAUGCUCAUGCGACAUCAACUCCUUUGGGAGACACAAUAGAACUCAAAGCAAUCAGAAAACUAUUCAGUGAUAAGAUUGACCACUUGAGCGUUUCAUCUACUAAAGGGGCACAUGGACACUUAUUAGGUGCUGCUGGUAAUUUAGAGGCGGUCUUCACUAUCAAAGCUGUACAAGAAGGUAUUUUACCUCCAACUAUAAACUUAGAAAAUAGCGAAGAUAAGGACAUUAAUUUCGUACCUGACAAGGGCCAAAAAUGGAAUAGUGAUAAAAGGAUAGCUUUAAAAAAUGCAUUUGGAUUUGGUGGAACAAAUGCAUCACUUUGUAUAGGACAAUAUACCUAAUUAUUUAAAGAA